AUGUGCGCGAAAUUCGUUUGUGUGGUGCUCGUGGCGAGCUUUGUGUGCUCUGGCGCUCUGGCCCUGCCCUCGCAGGACAGCAGCGAAAAGGAUUUAGUGAAUAUGCUCAACCGGCUGGAUAACGAGGAGUCGGUGCCCCUGUUCGGCGGACUGCGCAUCGAUCGCAGCGAAACGGGUCGCAGCUUCGGCUCGGCCAAGGGUCUCGAAUCGUUCGAGGAUCGCGCCGAACGCUAUCUGGAAACGCAUGAGCUGAAUCUCGCGUUCUCCGGUGAUGAGCAGGACGAGAAUGCCGAGAAUGUCUACAGCGGACGCGCCAUGGAGGAAUCGCGCAGCAAGCGCAUGAAGAAAAUGCUGCUGCCACUGCUGUUGAUUUUGAAACUGAAGAAGGCGGUCGUUGUCAAGAUCAUGUUCACCAUCAUCAAGUUCAUCUCGCUGAAGGCUCUGGCCAUCUCCUUCCUUGCCCUCAUUCUGGCUGGUGCCACCUUCUUCAAGGAUCUGUUGGCCAAGAAGAAGGAUCACAUCACCACCGCCUACAUCACCGGCAGCCCCCUGAACGCCGAGAUUGUGCACUCCGACUGGAACCGCAACGGUCAGGCCAGCGCCGCCGACUUGGCCUAUAACCAUUACGGUCUGGCUCAGCCCUUCUAA